AUGAAUGAUGCUGGACUCACACGCGAGCUGAAGAUGACAACGACGUACAGCAAGAUUUCUUUCUCCAUUUUGGACAUCUUGGACCCAAACAAGUUUAACAGCAAGAGGAUACUUUGUGGGCCCAAGGAGAGGUUUCCUGCGGUGGAGGCAGACAGUGCAAAUGAAAGGGUGACAGGUGCAAAGGAAAGCGGCGCGGAGGGAGCACAAGAAGAAGAUGACACCGGCACAGAGAAAGAGCUCUUUUCUCCCUCAGAAAACCCUCAGCUGCUCUCCUCCCCUCCCCCAGCACCAGAGCCCUGUCCCAGCUUGGAGCAGGAGGAUGCAGACCACACCUCUCUGUCCUCCUCUGCCACUCUGGACCACUCACCUCACAAGCGGCGCCGCCACGAUUCAACAUGUGCCAAACCACGCCGUGCCAGGACUGCAUUCACUUAUGAGCAACUGGUCGCUCUGGAGAACAAAUUCCGCACCACACGUUACCUUUCUGUGUGUGAGAGACUCAACCUUGCCCUGUCCCUCAGCCUCACAGAAACCCAGGUUAAAAUCUGGUUCCAAAACAGGAGGACCAAGUGGAAAAAGCAGAACCCUGGGGCAGACAGCACUUUACAGACACCGGGCAACACUGUGGUAAAUGUCAGUCCAAGCCCAAGUAACUUCCAUCAGACUUUCCCUAACUUCAGCUCUGCAAACAUGGUCUUCCACACUACAGCUGCAGUCCCACUCACGUCCACAGGAGGGCUCUUGCACCCCUUUGUGUCAACUGGUUUUGUUCAGCCAACUUACUUUAAUCCACAUCUUUGA